GAUGGCUGCGCCCAGCGAAGUAGAGGCCGCGCUCGGGGUUUGCUGAGGCCGGCUCCCUCUCCCAUUCCCUCUUUGGGCGUCCAGCGCCGCGAGCGGGAGGACGGGGGCCGGGCGGGGACAGGGGCACCUGCGUAGCUGGACCGCGAGACGCGCCCAGCUAGCGCCGCCCCCACCCGGCCCCGGCCCGGCCCGAUCCGAUCCGAUCCCAUCCCAUCGGUUCCCGGUCUCCUCCCGGUCUGACCCACUGCCUGGUGGUGGUACGCCACACCAGGCCUCCAAAGCCGAGGUCUCUCCUCCAGACUGUGCUCACCUUCACUUCAGAGAUGUUUGGCUUCUUCCCUCCCAACCAGCCCGCCUUCAAAACCGGGACUCUUGGAGCGGCAUCUGGCCCCCUUUCCCUCUAUUAAGACUCCCCUUCUCUCUAACCCACUUUUUCCUUAGCUUUUCGUUCCCCCUGAUUUGGAGGCUGCUCACUUACCUUCCAAAUUAAUUCCUGAUCACCCAAAAUAUUGACAACCUUGACAGCGCCCUCAACUGAGGAGCCAGCCUUUCUUUUGGACUGACCUCCAUAUCCCUAUCAUGGAGGCUGUGUACCUGGUAGUGAAUGGGGUGGGCCUGGUGCUGGACGUGCUGACCUUGGUGUUGGAUCUCAACUUCCUGCUCGUGUCCUCCCUCCUGGCUUCCCUGGCCUGGCUCCUGGCCUUCAUCUACAACCUGCCACACACGGUACUGACUAGUCUUCUGCACUUGGGCCGAGGUGUCCUGCUUUCACUGCUGGCCUUGAUGGAAGCCUUGGUCCGGUUCACCUUUGGGGGCUUGCAGGCCUUGUGUACUCUGCUGUAUAGCUGCUGCUCUGGCCUUGAGAGCCUGAAGCUCCUGGGGCACCUGGCAUCUCAUGGGGCAUUACGGAGCCGGGAAAUACUGCACAGGGGUAUCCUCAAUGUGGUCUCCAAUGGCCAUUCUUUGCUGCGCCAGGCCUGUGACAUCUGUACUAUUGCUAUGAGCCUGGUGGCCUAUGUGAUCAACAGCCUGGUCAACAUCUGCCUCAUUGGCACUCAGAACCUCUUCUCCCUGGUGCUGGCCCUCUGGGAUACAGUUACGGGCCCUCUGUGGAGGAUGACGGAUGUGGUGGCUGCCUUCCUGGCCCAUAUUUCCAGCAGUGCUGUGGCCAUGGCCAUCCUCCUUUGGACCCCCUGCCAACUAGUAUUGGAACUGCUGGCCUCAGCUGCCCGACUCCUGGCCAGCUUUGUACUUGUCAAUAUCACUGGCCUGGUGUUACUGGCUUGUGUGCUUGCAGUGACAGUGACUGUGUUGCACCCAGACUUCACCCUGAGACUGGUCACCCGAGCACUCAGUCAGCUUCAUACCUGGCCAUCAUACCAUCGACUGCGAGAGGACGUUGUCAGGCUGUCUCGCCUAGCCCUGGGCUUGGAGGCCUGGCGCCAAGUAUGGAGCCGCAGCCUACAGCUGGCGAGCUGGCCAUACCGGGGAGGGGCACCAGGGGCCCCUCAGGGUGGCCCUAGGAGGGUAUUUUCAACCAGGACCCAGGGACAGGACACUCUUCCUGAAGCAGGGCCCAGAUCAGAGGCAGAAGAGGAGGAGGUCAGUACCAUAAGAGUGACACCUGCCCGGGGCCGGGAGAGGCUCAAUGAGGAAGAGUCUACAGCUGGGCAAGACCCGUGGAAGUUGCUAAAGGAGCAAGAGGAGCGGAAGAAGUGCGUCAUCUGCCAGGACCAGAGCAAGACUGUGCUGCUUCUGCCCUGCAGGCACCUGUGCUUAUGCCAGGCCUGCACUGAAAUCCUGAUGCGCCACCCCGUCUACCACCGCAACUGCCCGCUUUGCCGCCGGGGUAUUCUGCAGACCCUCAAUGUCUACCUCUGAAGACUCCCUCCCUGCCUGUCUACUCUCCACGCUCCACACAGGCACCUGCUCUGGGACAGAAUUAACACCUCACUGCUGGGUCCUGGCCUGAAAUCCUCUGCCCUUUGGUUGUCCUGCUAAGCCUCAAGCCAUACAUCCAGAACACAGAGAUGGGACACUAUGGAAGUCUUUGAUCUGGGGGGGGGGGGGGGCAGGGCAACAUAGCUUCUCUGUACCCAGUUGGGUCCCUUUGAUGCUGAGGGUGGUGAGUAUGUCACUAUGCAAAGGUCCUGAGACUGUGUGCUGUGGGUUCUCCUCCAACUUGCCCAGGCGCACCCACAUACCAGCCUCUGGGGCUACCUGUCUCUGCUUCUGGUUUUCCUGUUGGAGAUUUGUAGGUACUCCCCCUGCCUCUUUCCCACUUUCCCCCCAGCUUCUGCAACACAACACAUCAGUGUCACUUGGAUAUUUUGGCAACUCAGGGGCCUUGGAAUGAUCUUGAACCUUUGUGUUCAGCCAGAGCCCCUGUGCCCUGGUAGGUUUGGGGGUGGAAUCUCUCAGGUGCCCUUAGAGCCACUUCUGCCUGUCAUGAUCUUAAGAGGCUCUCUCCCAACCUGAUCCAAAAGCUGGGAUCAGUUUACCUCUGGGAGGGGUGUGCAUCUGCACCUGAUCUAGGGACCAUGUAACCUCAGGCACCCCAGCUCCACAGGGAGCCUCAGGAGGGAUAACCAGAUUUCUACUCAUUCCCCUUUUAUUCCUCACUUUACAUAGAAAAAAUGGCAUUCCUCUUUGUCUCUCCCUGACAUUAGGGAGGGCAGCUGUGCACAUUUCACUAGGGUCCAAACAGAAGGGGCCAGGGCUUAGGGGCAUGCAGCUCCCUGAGGGGUCUGUUUGCCCAGUUUCCAAUGAAUAAAGUUCUCUUGACAGCUCUGA